AUCAUAUAAAGAAAAUAAUAGCUUCUUCUUGGAGCCAAAUACGAGUGAAGUUGCAGUGGAGCUGUUGAGAAGUUGGUCUGCAACCACCAUUGGGGACGAGACUGAACUAAUUUUUCUCGCACAUUUUCUCUCUCCCCAACCAGACCUAACUAACGGAAAAAUAAUGACAGAACAGAACUCAUAAACGGUUACAUUUUACCUUUUUUUCUCUUUUUUGGUGUGUCAUUCCAACUUUUCUAAAACCCUAAAAAUAAAAUAAAGUUCAGACAUGGGAGAAGAAGCAGAAGAAGUACUUCGGACCCACGAAUGUUUCUCCUCACAAUCUCAUCCUUGGCUUUCGGACCGUUUUUUCCUAUCUCCGCACAUCUCGCCAAAUUCCACGACCCAAACCCAUCAAAACAAACACCAAAAAAACAAUUUUUUAUUUUGUUUUAUUUUUUUCGUUUACCAAAAAUACGAUUUUUUGUUUAUUUUUCCGAUUUCUCAUGCCCAACAAAUUUCUCUUCCCCGAGAAAAUCCAAUUUGGGUCAAGCUUAAUGUAGGGGGAGUGGAAAUUGUUUGAUUUUUUUUUCUUUUUCGGUCCACUUCCCAAUCCGGGUCGAUCUUUGGUUUUAGGUCUUUUUCUCCCAAUUUUUUUUUUGGAUCGACUCUGGUUCGGGAUUUGGCGGUGAUUGGAUUGUUGAUUAAUUGAUAGUAGUGAUACUAUAAUGGGUUGUAUAAGCUCGAAGCAACCGGACCCGACACCGUCGCCGGCGAUCGAUGGUGAUAUUUCGGCGAAAUUGGAUUACGAGAAUCGUAAGGAGGAGAAAUCGGACGAUCGUGGAUGGGAGUUGCGGAAAUCGAGAAAGGAAGGGUCUCAUGGUAGGAGCUCGUUUAGCUUGAAAAUGGGAUUUUCUCAUCGCUACGUCGAUGCCGAACUCAUCUCCGCCGGUUGGCCGCCGUGGCUCAGUACCGCCGCCGGGGAAGCCAUUCAUGGUUGGAUUCCUCUUAGAGCUGAUUCUUUUGAGAAGUUGGAGAAGAUUGGACAAGGUACAUAUAGUAGUGUAUUCCGAGCUCGUGAAGUAGAGUCUGGGAAAAUGGUUGCCCUAAAGAAAGUCCGGUUUGACAAUUUUCAACCAGAAAGCAUUAGGUUUAUGGCAAGAGAAAUAUUAAUCUUACGCAGACUUGACCAUCCAAACAUCAUGAAAUUGGAGGGUCUCAUUACUUCUGGAUCAUCAAGUAGUAUAUACCUUGUGUUUGAAUACAUGGAACAUGAUCUUGCUGGUCUAGUCUCUUCUCCUGAGAUUAAAUUCUCUGAAGCUCAGGUAAAAUGUUAUAUGAGGCAGCUAUUAUCUGCAAUUGAGCAUUGCCAUUUAAGAGGUAUAAUGCAUAGAGAUAUUAAGGUGUCCAAUAUUUUGGUGAACAAUGAUGGGAUUUUGAAACUAGGAGAUUUUGGUUUGGCAAACAUUGUCAACGCAAAGAACAAACACUCACUAACCAGCCGGGUUGUAACGUUAUGGUAUCGCCCUCCCGAACUCUUGAUGGGCUCAACGAGUUAUGGAGUAUCUGUGGAUCUCUGGAGUGUGGGUUGUGUAUUUGCAGAACUUUUUCUAAGGAAGCCUAUUCUCAAAGGAAGAACUGAGGUUGAACAAUUGCAUAAAAUCUUCAAGCUCUGCGGUUCCCCCCCUGAAGAAUACUGGAAAAAAUCUAAGCUUCCUCACGCAACCAUGUUCAAACCUCAGCAUCCUUAUGACAGUUCCCUAAGGGAGAGAUGUAAAGAAUUCCCAUCAACUGCCGUGGACCUGAUUGAAACGUUUCUUUCGGUAGAUCCUCAUGAUCGUGGGACUGCCUCUUCUGCCCUUAUUUCUCAGUACUUCAGAACUCAACCUCACGCAUGUGAUCCAUCAACCCUGCCAAAAUAUCCACCAAACAAGGAAAUUGAUGCUAAAAAUCGUGAGGAUGUCCUAAGGAGAAAGCCCGGAGUUAGACAGUCAGGAGCAACAAGGAAACCAAGGAGAGCUCGUAAAACCUAUCAACAACAACAGAACGGACUCAGUAAAUUUGCACCGAAAGAGGAGACCCAAGAAAAUGCUCAAAUUGGUCGCAAAAACAACGAUGGGCUAGUCCUCAGAGAAAAAGGAGGUCAUCUGCGUAGAGAGUUGUUCAAACCAUCAUUCGAUACAGUAUCAGAGAAUUACCAGUACCAUGAUAUGGGUACUAACCAAAGCGGGGACACUACAUUCUCGGGGCCAAUACCAGUCUCAGCAUCAAGUGGCUUUGCAUGGGCUGCUGCAGGAACAAGGCGAAAAGACGAUGUCACAUCAGCAGUAUCAGAUGGUUCAAAGAGCCAAUUCAGUGCUUUAGACACCUCGUUUGCAAAGUCCACAUAUGUGUUACCAAAGCAAGGGAAUCAAGACUUUGCACAAAUAGUAAAUCUCAAGCGUGAGCGAAAGCAGCAGCGUAGUCUAAGCCAUCAGACAGAGUUUUUUGAGUCAUCUGAUUUUCAAUCCCAGGAUCAUGUGUACCAAAAGAUUGUGUCGGCAAAUCACCUGGAUUAUGAUGAUGAGGGAGACCAUAUUGAGUUCUCGGGACCUCUAUUGUUGCAACCACAUAGAAUGGAUGAUCUUUUACAUAAGAAUGAGAAUCAAAUACGGCAAGCUGCUCGCAAAACAAGGUUUGAAAGAGAGAAAUGACACGCAGAGAUUAUCAUUACAUGAUUUGGUCCUUUUCCAGUAUCCACCCAAAAGCCAUUAUUAUGCUGUAAAUAUUUUGUGUAAUUGAUAGACAAAUAUUGGGGACCAAA